AUGGAGGAUGCUAAACCUGAUGAAACCACAAAUAUCGAGAGUGCAACCGAGGAGCAGGUUGCUGGGGGAGAGCUUGAGGAGACAGUUACCAAGAUCCCAGUUGUUAAAAGUUUCAUUGACGACGAAGAUUCAUCGGGUGAGGUUCCUGUUCCCACUGCCGAAAGGCCCAGAUCGCCUUGGACACCAUCGUAUUCCUUUGUGAAAACUCCGGAACUGCAGGGAGAGAGUCUCCCCGCACCAGAUGAUGCAGUGACACAGUCUCCGGUCAUUGUUCUCCCCAUGUCUGAGAACGCAGUAUCUGAUAGACCGAAGUCGCCUUGGAUGCCAUCGUACUCUGUCACGAGGAGCCCUGACCUUCGUGCCGAAGUAGAGCCCUUUGUUGAUGAGCCUAUACCACAAACCAGGGGGUUGGACAGUCUGCCUGUUGCUCAUGAUGAAGCUGUUCCUGAAAGGCCAAAGUCGCCUUGGACCCUGUCAUAUACUGUGACGAGACAAGGCUCUGGUUUGACCCCAGGGCACGAACUCCCUCCCCUGGAGCAACUUCCCGGACCCGCUACUAUUGCGGAUAACCAGCAGGGUGAAUCUCUCCCUGAAAGCGCAAUUCCGUCCAUUGUUACCGAGGAGGUUCAGCCUCAGGAGCCAGUGGACGAGGAGGUGGCAGAGGCCAGCCACGUCCCUGAAGUUGCAAGCACACCACCGUCAUCGCUUGGCAUGUCCACUCUGAGCUUCGAGUCUCAGUCGGAAGUGUCUGAGACAAGCGAGGCAGCUGUUGCACCAGCCUAUCCGAUAUUACAGCCUGAAGCAGAGAUGGCUGUCACGGAGGUCGUAGGCUUUGAGAACGAUGCUACGCCUCUUUCGACCCCUGCAGCGAUACAGCCGGAACCAACGGACAACGUCGCGCUGCCGAAGACUGUUGAGAGCAAUGAAGCGCCAGAUACCGUUCUGGAGUCCAACGUAACAGGCGAUACCUUUGCAACGGAAAUCUUGGAUCACCUUGAAGAGGUCAGGGAGGCCAGUGCACCUGUUGGGAACGUUGACGAGGAGCCCUUCCCUAGUGCAGAAGAUAAACUGACUACGUCACAUCUGGCUCCUAUUGAUGAAGACAAAUCGGUUGAGCAGAUGUCUUCAAUUUUCCUAGACCCGGAUGCGGCCAGCCGCCCGAGGCAUGAGUCGACCACAUCUUCCCGUUUCUUCCCCGGGGGAUGGUUCUCGUCUCCUGUUGUGUCUCCUCAAGAAGGGCGCGCAUCCUUGGACAGUGUGCAGGGAGAAUUCACCUCUGGUGCACCCACUCCUAGUGCUGCAACCACUGAGGAAGACAAGACAGAGAAGGAGAAGAAGUCGAAGUGGUGUGUUAUAAUGUAA